GUCAGUAAUUAAGCAAUUGAACCAGAUUGCAUAGAUUCUUCUCAAAUCUUUGUACAUAUCAUUGUAUCUCCAUCUGUAAUCUUUACAAUGUCCAGACAUAGGCUUGUACGAAAUAUGAACAUCCAUGAUGAAUUGGAUGAUGCUGCAUUGUCCGACGGAGGAGACGAGCUCACUCCCGAGCAGCAUGCUCAAAUGACGUUCUGUCUUGAACAAAUCAGAGAGCUCAUUGGAGAUGAAGCAGUCUCAGGCCUCGACGAUGACUUCAUCAAGGAAACCCUAUGGGACCAGUACUUUAAUGUAGAGAGCAGUUUAUCGUAUUUGUAUGAGGAGCAAGACCGGAGAGCAUCAGCCAAAACUCGCAAAGUUGUUACCCCCCGUUUUGGAUCCCGUUUAUGGAACCGGCUACGCCGUAGACGAGACGAGGAACAGGAAGUGCGACCUGACAGUAUUGAUAUACUACCAUCGGAAGGCGAGGAGGUCCAUAACGAACCACAAUACGUGGCUGGACCAACAGGCUACGAAUAUUACGAUGGCGACUUGGACCGACCUCGAGUUCCCCUCAUAGUAUUAGCACAGCAAGGUCAACAUGAGGUCUACUAUCCCGAGGAAUUUCCAGAAGAGGUCGAUUCGGAUGAUAUACCAUUGGGCGUCUUGUCACGCGGCUCGAGGCUCAGCACCAUUACGGAGAUUACCGAAAGGACUGAACCCUCUCGCCACUGGCCUUCAAAACAGCAGCUCGUAGCUUUGAAUAAUCCACGUGCAUCAAUGAUUACUGAUACCACGACAUCGUACGGAGAAGUUAUUGAUACUCGCCAACGCAGUACCGUGGCGCUAGAAUAUCCUGAGACCGCGAUGGACCCAAACUUCAUCCCUCCAUCACCAUCGCCCUCCGCAGUACAACGUCUUUCGAGCUACGAAGCCGCUCCAUCGCUUGCCACAUCAGUAUCACAAUCUGAUAUACGCACAGAGCCACUUCCGCUUCCAACAGAGCGCGCAACAUCGCGUGCAAAAUCAUCAGUUGUUCCUGUACCACCCAUGGAUACUCUUCCCGAGAUUUCUGAUUUCCAGUCGAAAGCGAGCGGAAAACCGCUCCCUCCGAAGCCUCCAGCCAGCAGUAAACCCUCUAAAUUAUCCAUGCUUGCGAGUUCUCGUGCAAGUACGAGGAGUUCUCGUUCAUCGGAUUUGGAGACGACUUCAGUGCUUACUUACCCCGCCUUACGACCUACCGCUGAAAGUCGAUUAUCAUUUGCAACCACUGUAAAACCCCCGCCUGCAGAGAAGAUACUUCCUUCUAUAAAGGCUCCGUCUACCACCCCUUCUUCUAUGUCUGGGCACGUCAAACAGGCUAUCCAGACAGCUUUGGAGUUAGAAGCUCAUGAUCGCGAAAGAACUGCGAGACCUUCUCCAAAGAGCGAGUCGAGCGCGGCGUCUAAGGCAUCGUCAGUUGCUACUGUCAAACCAACGAUGCCACAUUCGCCACCUCGAGCUGACGCCACCCCAAACUUGCCCAUCAUGCGCCAAGAGGUUGAAGCGAAGGCUCGCCCUCAGUCCAAGCUCGCAGCGCUUGCCCAGGCGAAAGCCAGUGCCAAUACUACUCUCAUGCCGAAGCUUCCGAAGUCCCCGCCCAGUUCGCCUCCAAAGGAGCUCCCUAAACCUCACACACAAUUUUUCACGCCCAUCGCAAAUGGAGCCACAGCUACUACUGCUAUAACCACAACCUAUCAGUCACUCCAAAGUUUGUCUAGACCGCAGGCUCAAGAGCCUGCAUCGUUAGUUCAGAUGCCCGGUGCAGAGCCAAAACAAUCUAAAUUGGCAAAGAAGGUCAAGAAAGCGAGUGAAAAACCACAGCCAACACCACCCGACGACGAUACCGAUUCCUGUGGCAUCAUACAGUCUCCUCUAUUCAUACCAAAGCCAACUAACUCUCGUGCGUCUCCCUCGGCAUUCGCUUCUUUACUUCUCGAUGAUCCUCUAACACCCCCAUCUCCCGAAGACAAGGCCACGCAUUCAGCUCACAAGUAUGGAAGGGAGGUGCCGAACCUUGUAAAGGUGUACGAGGCUUCCCAUUCGCAGAGCCACUCCAGCCUUGGUCUCUCACAGUCCCACCGACACAAGUCGUCUCGCCCUAGGGCUGCACCACCGGGGAUGAAGAUGAACUCGGGAUUUGCAUUUGACGUUCCAAGCCCUGACGAUAUCGUAUUCAACGCGCGUCGGGGAACCUCUCUUUCGCACAGGCGGUGAACGAACCUUGGUUCCCUGCUCCAUCCGCCAUUCCUUUGUUGUAUUUCUCUACUCGCAUUUUUAUUUUAUUCAUUCAUUUUUCCGGAGGACUUGUUUGUUUGUUUGUUUGUUGUAGACCAGGUUGUGGAC